GUCGGGCUGGGCCGGGCCGGGUUCGGCUGCGUCGCGCAGCUCCGGGGGGUGUUUCUGAGGCGCGGGGGAGACGAAGGGGAUGGAUGAGGGUCCCUUUAGCGGCGAGCGGCAACGGGUGGCUCAGAUUGAAGCUUCAGUCUAAUUAUUGGGAAGGCUUUGGAUCACCCUUAACAAGACAGACAUUGGAUGUUUAGCAUCACAUCUUUGGUUUUUGAAUGUGAAUUGGAACUACUUUAUUUCUAGGAACCAAAUGGGAAAUCUUUUAAAAGUUCUCACUUGCACAGAGCUUGAUCAAGGGCCAAAUUUUUUCCUUGACUUUGAAAACGCACAGCCCACAGAUGGAGAAAGGGAGGUAUGGAAUCAGAUCAGUGCAGUUUUACAGGACUCUGAAAGUAUGCUUACAGACCUUCAGGCUUACAAAGGAGCUGGACAAGAAAUAAGAGAUGCAAUACAAAAUCCCAACGAUAUCCAGUUGCAAGAAAAAGCAUGGAAUUCAGUAUGUCCUCUGGUUGUAAGACUGAAACGCUUUUAUGAGUUUUCACUCAGAUUAGAGAAAGCCCUGCAAAGCUUAUUGGAGUCCUUGACGUGUCCACCUUAUACUCCAACUCAGCACCUGGAACGGGAACAGGCUCUAGCAAAAGAGUUUGCAGAAAUCUUACAUUUUACUCUUCGUUUUGAUGAACUUAAGAUGAGAAACCCAGCAAUUCAGAAUGACUUCAGUUAUUACAGGCGAACAAUAAGUCGCAACAGAAUAAACAACAUGCAUCUAGACAUAGAGAAUGAAGUAAACAAUGAAAUGGCCAAUAGGAUGUCCCUCUUCUAUGCAGAAGCUACACCAAUGCUGAAAACACUCAGUAAUGCAACUACACAUUUUGUAUCAGAAAACAAAACAUUACCAAUUGAAAAUACAACGGACUGUCUAAGUACUAUGGCUAGUGUAUGUAAAGUCAUGUUGGAAACACCAGAGUAUAGAAGUAGAUUCACCAGUGAGGAGACACUUAUGUUCUGCAUGCGAGUAAUGGUGGGAGUUAUUAUUCUGUACGAUCACGUUCAUCCUGUGGGAGCUUUCUCAAAGACGUCAAAGAUUGAUAUGAAAGGAUGCAUAAAAGUUCUAAAGGAGCAACCGCCUGACACUGUGGAAGGUCUUCUGAAUGCUCUCAGGUUCACUACAAAACACCUGAAUGAUGAAUCUACUUCAAAACAAAUUCGAGCUAUGCUGCAGUAGUAUCCUGAGACGAGUAGAUGUUUGUAUUGAUCACAGAUGUGUAUGUUUACAUAAUUUAAUACAGUUUGAUGUUAAUACUUGUGUGUAUUUACAUAACCAUUUUCUUCAUAUUGCUACGAUAUAUGAAUCUCUUCAUAACCUGACUGACUUUAUAUAGUGCAGCCUAAGUUUUGAUGCUAGCCUUUAUCUUCUGACUUUUAAAAUACUUUUUUACUUGCUUUCAACAACUACAGAUUAUCUGUACAUCCUAAA